UCAAAUCCGAACAUUCAUUCUUAUUCUGCAUUUCACCGUGAGUUAUAUAAUUAAAAUUUUAUGAAAUUUGAAUAUUUCGUGAAACAAUCAUCAUAUAAAAAAUUUAUACAAAACGGCACUUAUUCGUGAACUUGUCAUUUGUAGAAUAAUAAUUAGUUUCGUUUAUUUGCUUUUAUUUCUUCAUUCGACAUCAGAACUAUCGACGAAAAUGGCGUCUGAUAAAUCGGGUAUUUUGUAUCUAUUUGAUCGACCUUCUGAACCAGUUUACGUCCCUAAGGGAGACAAUAAAGUCGCUUUUGAUAUUCCACCUGAUUAUUUGCCUGAUAGAUAUCGUUCUGUGGCUACUCAAGUAUUUAAUCGUUUCGGCGAUGAUACGGAAUCGAAACUUCCAGUGAAGGCAAUUACUCUUCCGGAUCUUAGUAUUCCAAUGCAACUUGGACGUCGUCAACCUUUUUCAUUAUUUAUCCCGGCACAUCGAAAAAUAGCUGCUCGAUUAAUUGAUAUUUUUAUGGGUAUGCGAACAUAUGAGGACUUCCUGUCUGUUGCAGUUUAUUGUCGCGAUCGUUUAAAUCCAAAUUUGUUUAUUUAUGCCCUAUCAGUGGCGAUACUUCAUCGUCCUGACACGAAAGAUUUGCCAGUACCACCGCUUACCGAAGUAUUUCCAGACAAAUAUAUGGAUAGUGGAAUAUUUUCCAGGGCUAGAGAAGAAGCUAAUGUUGUACCAGAGGGUGCUAGAGUUCCAAUUGAAAUUCCAAGAGAUUAUACCGCAUCAGAUCUUGAUGUGGAACAUCGUGUUGCUUAUUGGAGAGAAGAUAUUGGAAUUAAUCUUCAUCAUUGGCAUUGGCACUUGGUGUAUCCAUUUGAAGGUGACAUUAGAAUUGUUAACAAGGAUCGACGUGGAGAACUUUUCUAUUAUAUGCAUCAACAGAUUAUGGCUAGAUAUAAUUGCGAACGGCUAUGUAAUCGUCUUGGACGAGUAAAACGAUUCAUUAAUUGGCACGAACCGAUUCCAGAAGCUUACUUCCCGAAAUUAGAUUCCCUUGUUGCCAGUCGGACAUGGCCAUUUCGACCCAGCGGUACUGUUCUUAAGGACAUCAAUCGACAAGUUGAUGAAUUGAACUUUGACAUUCAGGAUCUAGAAAGAUGGCGUGAUCGUAUUUACGAGGCAAUCCAUACAGGAUCUGUGAUUAAUACCAGGGGUGAAAGAAUUCAAUUGACUGAGAAAAAUGGAAUCGACGUCCUGGGAAAUAUCAUGGAAGCUAGUAUUCUUUCUCCCAAUCAGAAUGUCUAUGGUGAUCUCCAUAAUUUUGGUCAUGUCGCCAUUUCUUAUAUCCAUGAUCCGGAUCAUCGAUAUUUGGAGAGUUUUGGUGUUAUGGGUGAUUCAGCAACAGCUAUGAGAGAUCCUAUAUUUUAUAGAUGGCAUGCAUUUGUUGAUGACGUGUUUCAGGAACAUAAAAAUACAUUACCUCAGUAUACUGUACAACAGUUAGACUUCCCAGGUAUCGAAAUAGCAGAUAUCAAAUUGACAACCAAUCAACAACGCAAUAUUUUAAAUACCUUUUGGACCAAAAGUGAUGUAGAUUUGUCACGUGGACUCGAUUUCACUCCACGUGGCGCAGUGCUUGCUAGAUUUACUCACUUGAACCAUGCUGAUUUUUCAUAUACGAUUGUUAUUAAUAAUCGUAAUAAUACAUCAAUGAAAGGCACGGUCCGUAUCUUUAUAGGUCCUAAAGAAGACGAGCGUGGAUUACCUUUUACUUUCAGAGAACAGAAGAAUUUAAUGAUCGAAUUGGAUAAGUUUCCUAUAACACUUCAACCAGGAAAAAAUACGAUUGAACAGAAAUCUACGAAAUCUUCAGUAACUAUACCAUUUGAGAGAACUUUCCGCAACUUAGAUGAAAAUAGACCAAUAGGAGGUGAUAGUUUGGAACGAUUCGAUUUUUGUGGAUGUGGAUGGCCGCAACAUAUGCUUAUACCAAAAGGAAAUAAAGAAGGUUUUGCAAUGGAACUUUUCGUCAUGGUAUCAGAUUAUAAAGAUGAUCGUGUUGAACAAAAUGAGCCAAUUGGUUGUAAGGAUGCCUCAAGUUAUUGUGGAUUAAGAGAUAGAAAGUAUCCUGAUGCACGAGCAAUGGGAUAUCCAUUUGAUCGUCAACCUCGUGCAGGUGUUGAAACUUUAGCUCAAUUCCUCACCGGAAAUAUGGCGGUAACUGAAGUAACAGUUCGAUUUAGUGAUACAAUUGUACCUAGAUCUAGAUCUGGAAGUAUAAGCAAUACUUUAACCUUUAUGUAAUGAGAUUGAGUAUCUUUUGAAUAUCUCUUGACAUGGCAAAUUAUUGGAUAUAGACUGCUGGAAUUAUAAUAUACUUAAGAUCAUUAAUUUGAUUGACUUUUUACUUUUUAAUAUUUUAAUUGUAUUUUUUAUUACAUAUAUAUAUAUAUAUAAAUCUAUUGUAAUAAAAUAAAAAAAAAAUAAAUGAGCAGU